AUGCUGAAGCAGGCGCCGCCGAGCCUCGGCCCCCCGGGGGCGCCGCUCCGACCGGGGCUCCCGCCCCCGCCCGGAGCGUUCGUCCCCGGAAUGCGCCCGCCAGGGAUGCCCGGGAUGAUGCCCGGGAUGAUGCCCGGGUACGGGAUGCCCCCCGGGAUGCCCCCCGGGAUGAUGCGACCCCCAGGAAUGGGGAUGGGGAUGGGACUCCGACCGAUGGGUCCCCCCGGGGCGAUGAUGGGCAUGCGCGCCGCCCCGGGGGGCGCGGCGGGCGCGCACCAGACGGGCCUCACGCCGUCGCUUCUCGCGUUGUUCGUCCCGCGGCCGCCGGUGGAGUACAUGCCCGCGCCGGCGAAACCGAAGAAGACGCAGCCGAUGACCGGCGUCGCGGCGUACGUGGAUAAGUUUACGGACCCCGCGGACGAUCCGCCGCCGGCGCCGAAGGAGAAGAAGGAGACGAAGGAGGAGAAGAAGCUGAGACGGCGGAUGGCGGCGGAGGAGAGAAACGCGCGCGCGUUGGAAGAGGCUAUCGAAAAGUGGGACCCGAAAGAAGACCCGAAAGCGAAGGACUCGGACCCGUACAAGACGUUGUUCGUGGGGAGGCUCUCGUACGACGUCGACGAGAGCAAGCUGCGGCGCGAGUUUGAGCAGUGGGGCCCGGUGAAGAGCGUCAGGGUCGUCGAGGACGUCGAAACGGGGAAGCCGCGCGGGUACGCGUUUAUCGAGUACAACCGCGAGAGCGACAUGAAGACGGCGUAUAAACAAGCGGACGGGCGGCGGAUCGAGAACAAGCGCGUCGUCGUCGACGCGGAGCGUGGGCGGACGGUGCCGGACUGGAAGCCGCGGCGGUUAGGCGGCGGGUUAGGGCGCACAAGGAAGGGCGCGAAGCACGAAAACUCGCUCGUCUCCGGUCGAGACCAAGCGUAUCACUCCCGAGACCGCCCGUCCGAGGGGGACGGAUACCGCGGCGGCGGGGACGACCGACGCGGCGGCGGGUACGCGCCACCGGGAUACGACGAGCGCGGGAGGGACCAUCCCCGGGGAUACGACGACCGCGGGAGAAGGGACGACCGCGGGAGGGGAGGACGCGACUCUAGGCGCGGCGGGUACGACGAUCGCGGCCGCGACCGCGAUCGCAGCCGCGACCGCGCGCCGCGCGAUCGCAGCCGAGACCGAGACAGGGACCGCAGCAGGGACCGCGACCGCGACCGCGACUCGCGACGGAUGGACCGCGACCGCGACUCGCGACGGUCGGACCGCGACCGCGACCGCGACCGCGACCGGAAGCGGAGCCGGAGCCGGAGCAGAGACGACCGCGACGGUGGUGGGCGGAGGCGACGCGAUAGCGGGGGGUUCGGCGCGCCGCCGCCGCCGCCGCCGCCCCCGGCGGAGGACGGGGAGAUGGAGGAGGGCGAACUCUGA